AAGGCCUUCGGGCGCACCCGUCCUGCCGAGUUCCCGUUAUCCGAGCCCGGCACGAUCCGAGAAGGCAUCCUGCCUGGCACGUAGGCUCUGUACACUUGAGGGUGCGCGUGGCCCACCCGGGGGACAGGGGCUGCGUGGGGAGCGGUGAGUGGGAAGCACCCUCCUGCCCGCGGGGAAGCCUGUAACGAGCCAGGGCGCAGAGGAUAAAGACCGAGGCGGGCAGCGAGGCGGGGCCCCCGGCCUCAGGCCGCCGCUGGGAACCUGGAAGGGCGGAACUGACAACCAAGUGCAGGGAUUGGAUCAGGAAGCCCCUUCCGGGACCUGGGAAGAAGAGGGAAGUUUGGAGACCUUGCCCUGGAGGGGCCGGUGUUAGGAGGAUUUCUGGCCGUCCCUGCAGUGUGGCUCGAGUGGAAACACCACGAUGUGAGGGAGGGGUCAGCUGAAAAGGGGACAGGAGUCUACAUUCUAUCAUAGCAAGGCCCCAAGGGCCUGCUCAUCUCCCCUCGCUUUGCCAAUUUAAUGUACGCCCUUCCCUGCAAGGGGGAGGGGGAGAACCGGCCAGCACAGGGCUAGAGAUGUGGUACAGUACUUGCCUGGCACACAGACGACCUUGGAUUCAGUUCCCACUGCUGAAAUGAAUGAAUGAAUGGGUCAGCCAGCACCAGGAUUUUUUUUAUCCCAUAGGAAUUUGCCAGUCUUUGACAGUGUUUGGUCUGUUAUCUGUGUCCCUCCUUGUUCAGUCUAGCGCUGUACCAUGGCCGAGGCUGGGGAAGAGGAGACAGCUUCAGCAGAAGCCUCGGGGUUCUCAGACUUGAGUGACUCCGAGUUGGUAGAGUGUCUGGACUUGGAAGAUGCCAAAGCGUCGGCUGUUUCACUUAGCAAGCCUGGCUCUUCUGAGCUCCCUGGGAAGGACGACAAACCUGUAAGCCUGCAAACCUGGAAAGAAGGCUUGGAUGUCCUGUCCCCCAUGGAGAGAUUCCACUUGAAUUAUUUAUAUGUCACUGACCUGUGUACCCAGAACUGGUGUGAAUUGCAAAUGGUGUAUGGGAAGGAACUUCCUGGGUCGUUAGCACCUGAGAAGGCAGCUGUUUUGGACACUGGUGCUAGCAUCCACCUUGCCAAAGAACUAGAACUUCAUGACCUUGUAACCGUCCCCAUCACCACCAGAGAAGAUGCUUGGGCAGUUAAGUUUCUAAACAUAUUAUCAAUGAUUCCCACCCUACAGUCAGAAGGGCGCGUCAGAGAGUUUCCAGUGUUUGGGGAGGUGGAGGGAAUAUUUCUUGUUGGAGUGAUUGAUGAGCUGCACUACACAGCCAAGGGGGAACUGGAACUGGCCGAACUCAAGACACGGAGGCGCCCUGUGCUCCCCCUGUCAGCGCAGAGAAAGAAAGACUGUUUUCAAGUCAGCCUCUACAAGUGUCUUUUUGACGCCAUGGUACAAGGGAAGGUGACCCCUGCUAGCCUGGCCCACCACACUAAAUUGUGUCCAGACAGGCCGCUGGGACCUGCCGUGCUCAGGCAUGCCAGACAAGGGGGCGUCUCUGUCAAGUCUUUGGGUGACCUCACGGAACUGAUCUUCUUAUCUCUUACGCUGUCUGAUCUCCCGGCUAUUGAUACCCUAAAACUUGAGUAUGUCCAUCAAGAGACCGCCACGGUAUUGGGCACAGAGAUUGUCGCCUUUGAAGAGAAAGAAGUGAAAAGCAGGGUGCAGCAUUACGUGGCCUACUGGAUGGGCCACCGAGAUCCUCAAGGGGUUGAUGUGGAAGAGGCAUGGAAGUGUCGGUCCUGUGACUAUGGAGACAUCUGUGCGUGGGGGAGGGGCGGUGGAGUGCUCAGCUCUCCUUUGGAGCCCAAAACCAAGAAGUUGAAAUGAAUGAAAGGUCAGAAACGUUGAUUGUUUCUGUUCUCAAUAUAUCUAAAAGGACCAGUCUCUCAGCUUGACUUUCAUGGGUGUUUUUUUAUUUUUAUGUCUACAACCUUUAAUAACAUUGCAACCCAGGCCCAAGGAUCAGGAAUGUAUGGAGAGAUGGGUUAGAGCGACCUUGGAGCUUUGAGAUGAAUCGCAAAAAAAGACAUAUCCAUCAUGUCUGCUGCAAAGGUAUCUGUAACUAAUCACUGUUUUCUCAAGGAAAUUCUUUGGGUUCUGAUAAAUCUUUUCUUCUUGAUGAAAAAAAAUUAUUUUUUUACAUUUUCACAAUAAACAUGAAAUGCUCUCUGGAA